AACUUUCCUGACGAUCAAGUUUCUUGUUCAAAAAUACGCACAACAUCAUCCCAUGACGGCACAAUGGCGGACAGGAAAGGUUUUAUCAAAAGAGAAACUGUUUAUUUGGCAUUAGUUCUCAUUGUUUCAAUCUCUUCAUUGGUCAUUUCUGUGGCUACAUUGUUCUUACAUGAAUAUCGAUACUCUACUUUAUCAAAGAAGAUACAACGUUUGGAAAAGAAAACAUCGAAAGAUUUCGCCGACGAUCAUAUGAAGCUCGAUGAAUUUGGUGAAAAGCAAAAACGAGKUGUAAGAAACAGCGAUGAUUUAAGCCAAACAAUUGACAAUGAAAUCAAGGAUAAGGUCCACGUAUUUAUGACUAAUUUACACAAAGUCUACUGUGUGGAAAACGACAGUUUAGUCAUUGUUGGAGCCAAAGGGGAACCAGGUGUUGUUGGUCCAAAAGGAUCCUUAGGGUCACARGGACCCAGGGGAGAAGUGGGUCCUCAGGGACCAUCAUCAAUAAAAGGCGAAAAAGGUGAUCCCGGAAUAUCUGUCUCAGUACCAAUAAUMAGAAAGCCGCCCAAGUCUAUGAUUGUCAAACCAGGACAAACGUCAAUCUCUUUCUCGUGUGAAGCAGAAGGUCUGCCAACGCCGCGWAUAACCUGGUACCGACUUUCUGGAGCGUUGCCUUCUGGAUAUCACGUGAUCCAUGACAAUGGAACUCUYACGAUUACGCAAGCUGUGAUUGGACAGCAAGGUGUUUAUGUUUGCCUGGCAAAAAAUGUUCUUGGGGAGGCAAAAGCCUUUUUUUCGUUUGAGAUAAUCUUACCUGUAAAGUUUGAAACUAAACCAAGCAACGUUGCAGUCAAUUCGGGCAGCCGAAUAAAACUCCAUUGUAGAGCAAAAGGUUUUCCUCCCCCGACCAUCACCUGGUACAAAGGGAACAAAACAAAUCGUGGAAUCAUGAUCAAAACGAACGUAAGCACACUGGUGAUCUCAAAGCCUUUCAGCAACGACAGCGGUGUUUACACAUGUAUUGCUAAAAACAUUGUUAACARAGUUGAAGCUAAAGCCGAUGUCGUUGUCUUAGAAAAACUCAAAUUYAUAAUUMAACCUCGGCCACGAGCGAUCGGCUAUAUCACUCAAUCUCUCUCGUUCGACUGCCAGGCGUGGAGUGGAGUUGUUAAGCCAGAAAUAUCCUGGACGAUAAACAAUGGUGGUCAAAUUGACCAACACCAAGUUCUACCAAAUGGGACUUUGGUUAUCCUAAUAACRUCAAAGUCAGAUGCUGCCGAAUACACAUGCACUGCUAAAAAUGCGCUGGAUUCUCUUAAAACGUCAAUGUCUUUAGGCGUUUAUGUAAGAUCAUGCAGCGAGUGGAAGGUAGCGGGCGAGAGUCUCAGUGGAGAUUACGUUAUUGAUCCCGAUGGACCUGGYGGUGUAGCAGAAUUCRGAAUAUCUUGUGAUAUGGAUUCUAAAAAGAACGUUGGUGUUACUGAAGUCAGUCAUGAUAAUGAAGAACGAUCCAUAGUCGAGGGAUAUUCCAGACCAGGUAGCUUUCUUCAAAAUAUCAACUACACACAUACCAACAAGCAACAAAUCGUCUCCCUUAUCAACGUGUCAAAGUAUUGUGAACAGUUCAUCAAGUAUGAAUGUCGUCACUCAGUUCUCCUUUGGCACGGCUUGGUUCCCUAUGGCUGGUGGGUGUCACGUGACGGACGRAAGAUGGACUACUGGGGAGGUGCUGCGCCUGGAUCUUGGAAGUGCGCAUGUGGGAUGACAAAGAGCUGUCAUUCCGGGCUUGGCUGCAAUUGUGAYGUCAAUGACGGAGUUUGGCGGGAAGACAGUGGCUGGCUCACAGAUAAGGCAACUCUCCCAGUCUCCCAACUACGGUUUGGUGACACAGGAGAUCCAAGAUAUGAAAAAGGCUACUUUACACUUGGAAAGUUACGAUGUUAUGGCAUUGCAUAACAUGUUCACAUUCUGAUAUCCACACAGAAUUGAAGGAAAAUACUUUUUCUCACAAAAAUACUGACGAAACGAAAAUUACAAUUUUAUCCCGCCCAAAUAUUACAUGUUAUUGAACGCAAGACUUUGAUGCCAGAAAACUACAUAGGAAAAUGUCAUUAUGAAGUUAAAUGAAUUUAAAGCUAAAC